CGGCCGGGCGGGCCGGCUGGCUGGGAAGAUGGCGGCGGAAGCCCUGGCCGCCGCUGUGGAGCGGGCCCGAGGCGUCCGGGGUGCGCGGGCCAGGGCCGGGGCCGGGCCAUGAGAGCGCCGUCCUCGCGUCCCCGAGCCGCGGAGCCCGCCCGCGCCCCUCGCCAUGGCGCGGCUCGCGGACUACUUCGUGCUGGUGGCGUUCGGGCCGCACCCGCGCGGGAGUGGGGAAGGCCAGGGCCAGAUCCUGCAGCGCUUCCCAGAGAAGGACUGGGAGGACAACCCGUUCCCCCAGGGCAUCGAGCUGUUUUGCCAGCCCAGUGGGUGGCAGCUGUGUCCUGAGAGGAACCCGCCGACCUUCUUUGUUGCCGUCCUCACCGAUAUCAACUCCGAGCGGCACUAUUGCGCGUGCUUGACUUUCUGGGAGCCCGUGGAGCCCACACAGGAAGGGCUGUGCACCAAGGACACUGCCGAGAGGGAAGAGGAGGCAGGUGAGGGAGGCCUAGUGGGACUGUCACCCGCAGCUCCUGGCCCGCCCGGCCAGCUUUUUGCUCCAAAGACGCUGGUGCUGGUGUCUCGAUUGGACCAUGUGGAGGUGUUCAGGAACAGCUUGGGUCUCAUCUACACCAUCCAUGUGGAGGGCCUGAACGUGGGCCUGGAGAACGUGGUUGGGAACCUGCUGACGUGCGUCGUCCCUCUGGCCGGGGGCUCGCAGCUGGACUCUGUUGAGGACGGAGUGAGGACCAUCUCUUUGGGGGCUGGGGACCGGCAGGUCAUCCAGACGCCACUCACCGACUCGCUGCCCAUCAGCCGCUGCAGCGUGGCCCUGCUUUUCCGCCAGCUGGGCAUCACCAAUGUGCUGUCUCUGUUCUGUGCGGCGCUCACGGAGCACAAGGUGCUCUUCCUGUCCCGGAGCUACCAGCGGCUCUCGGACGCCUGCCGGGGACUCCUGGCGCUGCUCUUCCCUCUCCGAUACAGUUUCACCUAUGUGCCCAUCCUGCCGGCGCAGCUCCUGGAGGUGCUCAGCACGCCCACACCCUUCAUCAUCGGAGUCAACGCUGCCUUCCAGGCAGAGGCCCAGGAGCUGCUGGAUGUGAUUGUUGCUGAUCUUGAUGGCGGGACGGUGACUGUGCCCGAGUGCGUGCACAUUCCACCCCUGCCAGAGCCACUGCAGAGCCAGACGCACAGUAUUCUGAGCAUGGUCCUCGAUCCAGAGCUGGAGCUAGCAGAUCUUGCCUUCCCUCCACCUACGACGUCCACUUCCUCCCUGAAGAUGCAGGAUAAGGAGCUGCGCGCCGUCUUUCUGCGGCUCUUUGCUCAGCUCCUGCAAGGCUACCGCUGGUGUCUGCACAUGGUCCGCAUCCACCCGGAGCCUGUCAUCCGCUUCCAUAAGGCAGCCUUCCUGGGCCAGCGUGGGCUGGUGGAGGAUGAUUUCCUGAUGAAGGUGUUGGAGGGCAUGGCCUUUGCAGGCUUCGUGUCGGAGCGCGGGGUCCCCUACCGCCCUACGGACCUAUUUGAUGAGCUGGUGGCCCACGAGGUGGCACGGAUGCGGGCGGAUGAGAACCACCCCCAGCGUGUCCUGCGUCAUGUCAAGGAACUGGCAGAGCAGCUCUACAAGAACGAGAACCCGUACCCUGCCGUGGCUAUGCACAAGGUGCAGAGGCCAGGGGAGGCCAGCCACCUGCGGCGGGCGCCCCGGCCCUUCCCCCGGCUAGACGAGGGCACGGUGCAGUGGAUCGUGGAUCAGGCCACAGCCAAGUUGCAGGGCGCACCCCCGGCCGUGAAGGCCGAGAAGAGGACCACCGUGCCCUCAGGGCCCCCCAUGACCGCCAUACUGGAGCGGACCAGUGGGCUCCACGGCAACAGUGCGCGCCGGCUGGAGGUGGUCCGGAACUGCAUCUCCUACGUGUUCGAGGGGAAGAUGCUUGAGGCCAAGAAGCUGCUUCCGGCUGUGCUGAGGGCCCUGAAGGGGCGUGCGGCCCGCCGCUGCCUUGCCCAGGAGCUGCACCUGCACGUGCAGCAGAACCGGGCGGUCCUUGACCACCAGCAGUUCGACUUCGUGGUCCGCAUGAUGAACUGCUGUCUGCAGGACUGCACCUCCCUGGAUGAGCACGGCAUCGCAGCUGCUCUGCUUCCCCUGGUCACUGCCUUCUGCCGGAAGCUGAGCCCAGGGGUGACGCAGUUUGCGUACAGCUGCGUGCAGGAGCACGUAGUGUGGAGCACGCCACAGUUCUGGGAGGCCAUGUUCUACGGGGAUGUGCAGACCCACAUCCGGGCCCUCUACCUGGAGCCUGCCGAGGACCGAGACCCCUCCCAGGUGUGUGGGGACUCCCUGGGCCCGCGGGGUGGGGCUGGCCUGGCUCUGGCUCACCCGCGGCCCCUGGGGCAGGUUGGGGAGGCACCUGCACAGGCGGACGAGCGCUCUGCCCUGGACGUGGCCUCUGAGCAGAGGCGCCUGUGGCCCACGCUGAGCCGCGAGAAGCAGCAGGAGCUGGUGCAGAAGGAGGAGAGCACCGUGUUCAGCCAGGCCAUCCACUAUGCCAACCGCAUGAGCUACCUGCUCCUGCCCCUGGACGGCAGCAAGAGCCGGCUGCUCCGGGAGCGCGCAGGGCUGGGUGACCUGGAGAGCGCCAGCAACAGCCUGGUCACCAACAGCAUGGCAGGCAGCGUGGCGGAGAGCUAUGACACAGAGAGCGGCUUCGAGGACGCAGAGACCUGUGACGUGCCCGGGGCCGUGGUCCGCUUCAUCAACCGCUUCGUGGACAAGGUCUGCACAGAGAGUGGGGUCACCAGCGACCACCUCAAGGGGCUGCAUGUCAUGGUGCCAGACAUCGUCCAGAUGCACAUCGAGACCCUGGAGGCCGUGCAGAGAGAGAGCAAGAGGCUGCCCCCCAUCCAGAAGCCCAAGCUGCUUCGGCCACGCCUGCUGCCCGGUGAGCAGUGCGUGCUGGACGGCCUGCGUGUCUACCUGCUGCCGGACGGGCGUGAGGGGGGUGCCGGGGGCAGCAGGGGCGGCCCCGCACUGCUCCCGGCGGAGGGCGCCGUCUUCCUCACCACGUACCGGGUCAUCUUCACGGGGAUGCCCACCGACCCCCUGGUGGGGGAACAGGUGGUGGUCCGCUCCUUCCCGGUGGCUGCGCUGACCAAGGAGGAGCGCAUCAAUAUCCAGACCCCCAGUGACCAGUACCUGCCGGACGGGCUGCAGCUGCGCUCCUGCACCUUCCAGCUGCUGAAGAUGGUCUUUGACGAGGAGGUGGGGUCUGACAGCGCUGAGCUCUUCCGCAAGCAGCUGCACAAGCUGCGGUAUCCGCCAGAUAUCAGGGGCACCUUCGCACUCACCCUGGGUUCUGCCCACACACCCGGCCGGCCGCCCCGUGCCACCAAGGACAAGGGUCCUUCCUUCAGGACCCUGUCCCGGAACUUCAUGAAGAACGCUAAGAGGACCAUCGGGCGGCAGUACGUCACUCGGAAGAAGUACAACCCCCCCAGCUGGGAGCACCGGGGCCAGCCAUCCCCUGAGGACCAGGAGGACGAGAUCUCAGUGUCGGAGGAGCUGGAGCCCAGCACGCUGACCCCUUCCUUGGCCCUGAAGCCCUCGGACCGCAUGACCAUGAGUAGCCUGGUGGAGAGGGCGUGCUGCCGGGACUACCAGCGCCUGGGGCUGGGCACGCUGAGCAGCAGCCUGAGCCGCGCAAAAUCCGAGCCCUUCCGGAUCUCCCCGGUCAACCGCAUGUACGCCAUCUGCCGCAGCUACCCGGGGCUGCUAAUCGUCCCGCAGAGCGUCCAGGACAACGCCCUGCAGCGCGUCUCCCGCUGCUACCGCCAGAACCGCUUCCCGGUGGUCUGUUGGCGCAGCGGGCGCUCCAAGGCCGUGCUGCUGCGCUCAGGGGGCCUGCACGGCAAGGGGGUCGUCGGCCUCUUCAAGGCCCAGAACGCGCCUUCUCCGGGCCAGUCCCAGGCCGACUCCAGCAGCCUGGAGCAGGAGAAGUACCUGCAGGCCGUGGUCAGCUCCAUGCCGCGCUACGCCGAUGCGUCCGGUCGCAACACCCUCAGCGGCUUCUCCUCGGCCCACAUGGGCAGCCACGUGCCCAGCCCCAGAGCCAGGGUCACCACGCUGUCCAACCCCAUGGCGGCCUCGGCCUCCAGACGGACUGCGCCCCGAGGUAAAUGGGGCAGUGUCCGGGCCAGUGGGCGCAGCGGUGGGCUCAGCACUGAUGUAGGCACCCGGCUAGCAGGCAUGGGUCCCCCCCAGGCCAACGGGGCCCCCCCCGACCCAGGCUUUCUCCGGCCCCAGCGUGCAGCCCUCUACAUCAUUGGAGACAAAGCCCAGCUCAAGGGUGUACGGCCAGAUCCCCUGCAGCAGUGGGAGCUGGUGCCCAUCGAGGUGUUCGAGACACGGCAGGUGAAAGGCAGCUUCAAGAAGCUGCUGAAGGCGUGUGUCCCCGGCUACCCUGCCCCUGAGCCGGGCUCGGCCUCCUUCCUGUGCUCGCUGGAAGACUCGGAGUGGCUGAUCCAGAUCCACAAGCUGCUGCAGGUGUCGGUGCUGGUGGUGGAGCUCCUGGACUCGGGCUCCUCUGUCCUGGUGAGCCUGGAGGACGGCUGGGACAUCACCACUCAGGUGGUGUCCCUGGUGCAGCUGCUCUCGGACCCCUUCUACCGCACCCUGGAGGGCUUCCGUCUGCUGGUGGAGAAGGAGUGGCUGUCCUUUGGCCAUCGCUUCAGCCACCGCGGGGCCCACACCCUGGCCGGGCAAAGCAGUGGCUUCACGCCAGUCUUUCUGCAGUUCCUGGACUGCGUGCACCAGGUCCACCUGCAGUUCCCCAUGGAGUUCGAGUUCAGCCCGUUCUACCUCAAGUUCCUCGGCUACCAUCACGCGUCCCACCGCUUCCGGACCUUCCUGCUGGACUCGGACUACGAACGCAUCGAGUUGGGGCUGCUGUAUGAGGAGAAGGGGGAGCGCCGGGGCCAGCCGGCCUGCCGCUCGGUGUGGGAGUACGUGGAGCGGCUGAGCAAGAGGACGCCGGUGUUCUACAACUACCUGUACGCGCCCGAGGACACAGAGGUCCUCCGGCCGUACAGCAACGUGUCCAACCUGAAGGUGUGGGACUUCUACACCGAGGAGACGCUGGCUGAGGGCCCCCCCUAUGACUGGGAGCUGGCACAGGGGCCCCCUGAGCCCCCGGAGGAGGAGCGGCCCGAUGGGGGUGCCCCCCAGAGCAGGCGCCGGGUGGUGUGGCCCUGCUACGACAGCUGCCCCCGAGCCCAGCCCGACGCCAUCUCCCAGCUGCUGGAGGAGCUGCAGCGGCUGGAGACAGAGCUGGGCCGACCCCCUGAGCGUUGGAAGGACGCCUGGGAUCGGGUGAAAGCUGCCCAGCGCCUUGAAGGCCGGCAAGACGGACGUGGCACCCCCAGCUCCCUGUUGGUGUCCAGUGUGCCCCACCACCGCCGCUCGCUGGGUGUGUACCUGCAGGAGGGACCCGUGGGCUCCACCCUGAGCCUCAGUCUGGACAGCGACCAGAGCAGCGGCUCAACUGCAUCCGGCUCCCGCCAGGCAGCCCGCCGCAGCACCAGCACCCUGUACAGCCAGUUCCAGACAGCUGAGAGCGAGAACAGGUCCUAUGAGGGCACCCUGUACAAGAAGGGGGCCUUCAUGAAGCCCUGGAAGGCCCGCUGGUUUGUGCUGGACAAGACUAAGCACCAGCUGCGCUACUACGACCACCGAGUGGACACGGAGUGCAAGGGCUUCAUCGACCUGGCGGAGGUGGAGGCUGUGGCGCCUGGCACUCCCACUCUGGGUGCCCCCAAGACCGUGGACGAGAAGGCCUUCUUUGACGUGAAGACGACGCGUCGUGUUUACAACUUCUGUGCCCAGGACGUGCCGUCAGCCCAGCAGUGGGUGGACCAGAUCCAGAGCUGCCUGUCGGACGCCUGAGCCCGGCCCUGCUCGGCGGCUCUGCGUCCAGUCGUUACAGACCACUAGGGGUGGGCAGGGCCCCCCGGCCAUGUUUACAGCCCCCGCCCUUGACAGUAUUGAGGCCCCGCCCCCAAAUGUGUGUACAGCCCCCACCCCCGCCCCACCCCGCCCGGCCAGCUCUAACUUAUCUUGGAGCCCUGGCUGAGCACCCGCCGGGAGCAGCCACGGUACAGCCCUCGCGGUGGGCCUGUAAAUAUCCCCCCUCCCGCCCUGUCAACGUGCUGGCCCCGGCCGGCCAGCCGCAGACAACCUGUUCCUAGAACCAGAGUCUAUAAAGAGCGAUAAUGACA